UUUUUGACCCGCUGUAUUUUAGCUUUGUGCAGUUAAAAUGUGACAUGUGUUCAUUAUAAGUUACUAAAACUUGCUUAAACAUCAAGAAAUAGCAACGUCAGAACAAUGUCCACAACGAAUUCCGCUCCUAAUUUAGUUUUAGAAGGUACAGGGCGUUUUGGAAGAGACAUUAACGAGUCUAUAAAAGAAGUAGCUGCGAAGUUGACUAACCUUGACCAACGAAUAGCAACAUUAAAUGAGCAAUUCGACAACCUGCAAGUUUUAGCAAAUGACGUAGCGGAGAAAUAUGAAAAAACAGCAAGCAGACCUGAUUCGUAUUUAGACAGAAAAUCUUUGUUUCAGACAAUUUUGGACCACCGGCUUUCAACUGAAGACAUUUCGUUGCUAUGUCGAUAUAUUAGAUACUUGGAAAAACUAAUUUUACGCAAAGUUUGGAAACUGGACUCAAAAUACACAAGAAUACGUUCAAUACCACAGAUACACAGAGAGCGGCGGAAUGACUGGGGUCUAUUCCUGGCCUACAACGGUGUAUGUAAAAAGUUAGGAAUAACCAACAGCGGCAAGCCGGACAGCCAUAUCUACAUAUUAUUCUCAUUUCUACAAGACUGCCUGCCCCAACCAAAGAAAAGCAACGCUGCAAGAAGAAUGAGCAAUUUCCACACACACGCAAUGAACCAAAACCCAAAUGAGCCACUACUGCCCAAGACUGCUGGCAACUUAUCUGAUGAGCAUGUAGCAGAGCACGCUAUGUAUGUUAUUUCAACUGGUGUACAAGACAUACAUUUAGUAGAAGCUUUAACUGCAUGUGUCCUUGCUGUGAAGAAAUACUUUACAAAAGUUAAAACAUAGAUAUCUGUAUAAAGACCAAAGUUACUACAACUAUAUUUAUUAUUAUGUUACAAUACAGAUUGUUAUACAUAUG